CAGAACUCUGGCUCGGCUCGAUCUGGUCGUUCUUGCAUCUCGCGUUUCCUCGUCGACGACACCCAUUCGCGCUCGUUGACUCGUGCCUGCGAGCUUUGCCAAUGCUGCAGCAGCUGGUUCUCAUGGAUCUUCCCGUCCUCCUCUCUCGACCGCGUCCGCACCGCACUCGCUCGGGGCUUUCUUGCUUCGAGAAGCCAUGUCGCUGGCGGGGAGGCCUCUGACGGACGCCAAUUCUUCCGCGUGGGACCUUCUCAAUCUUUUCCGAAGCUAAAUUCAAAUGUGCAUUUCGGUUCUCGAGCGAGAGCUUUCUGGUGACUCCUGUCGAGUCGCAAUCUCGAUUCAUCCUCUCUCCUCGACCGCGAGUCAGAGCGAUCGAGGAGACAGGUACCUGUUCGCUAGAAUAUCAUCAUUCUUUCUCUCUGGGUGUAGAGAUAUCUUUUCCAUCUCCUGACUCGACAGGAAGCGGGUCCAUUGGAGCAAUGGCCAUUCAUAGCCAAGGACUUCAGUUUCAGGCGUUUCCAAAUCAAAGAAUUUCGAAAAUUUCUGGCGCCACCAGUAGUCUGUCAGCAUCUGUGGCCGGUAGCGGAUUCUCUCAGUCUCCAUAUUGUAGAAUAUCUCCUUCUCCCCGCUCUUCAAACUCACUGAGCUCGGCUUUUUCUGCCAAAUGUUCUCUGGCUCCUACCAGCAAUGUGUUUAGUUCAUCGAUGUAUUCUGGUGAUGGAACUUCCAAAACCUCUUGCAUUUCCUCCAUUCCCUCACGGAACGGAAAAUGCUACCGCACGUACAGGGGACAUGUGUUAGUUAGCCAAGGACAUUUCAGGCACAUGCUUCUCAUCUCGCGAUCUUUAGAGUGUAGUCCGGGCUCCACCACUAGCUUCUUGCCCUUGGCAGUGUCCAGGUUUGAAUUUCACGGACGAAGAGUAAAAAAUGUACUAUACAGAAUAAUGAAACUUUCCACUCCAUUUUGUUUGUCUUGGUCGAUGAAGAAAAGUAGACCUGUGUAUUUGAGAGUUAGUCGAGCAUCAUCAUCUGGCAUGCGCCAUGUAUCGAUGAAUCAUCGGUGCCCUUACAAAUUGCGCAAGUGUUUUGUAACGUCUGCCUCCCUGGUUUCUCGGGUAGAAUUUAACCACUUUGUUUACAACAAGGUGUUCCGAGGAAGUAGAGGUUUUCAGACCGCUUCCGAUGCGGUAGGCCUUUUUAACAUCAUCCAAAGUUUAAGGUCGCAAGCAGAGGGACAUGGGAUCCCGGAGAAGGUUAUGCUGGCAGAGGAAGUGACGAUCAAUGAUGAGCAGAUGUGGGCCUCCGGAGACAGACGAAGAGAUUACUUGGCAGUUGGGUAUGGAUGGCGGGUGCGCGCUGCAGCUUUGAACAAUCUGGAGGAGUUAAUGAGGGUGGCCGACAUUCAAACGGAUGCUUUUCACAUCACUGCUGCUGCAUUUGAUGACCUGUUCUAUAAACUUUUCCAUGCAGAAGUACUGAGCAGUCUCCAGUACAAGGCUAGACAUUCUCCUCCAGAUAGGUACUCUUGCCUCCUCGCAGAAAAGGACCCAUCACAACCCGGAUACCUCGAAGAUUUUCUCGAGGACGGAGAUGAGACAAGAAUUGUUGGGGCUGUUGAUGUGACAGCUUUGAUGGAUAGUAACAUCGUGUCCCUCCUUCCAGGAGCAUACGAAUACCUGUACAUCAGUGGAAUGGCAGUUGAUUCUGCAUAUAGGAGGCGGAGUGUGGCGACAUUGCUCCUGGAGGCAUGUAUUGCACGAGCUUCAGACUGGGGUUUCAAGUACCUGGUACUCCAUGCAUACGAAGAUGAUAUUGGGGCGAGAAAUCUUUAUUCCAGAGCAGGUUUUCGUACCGUAGGUGGGGAUGCCUUGUGGAUGACAAAAUUUUUAGGACGGAGAAGACGAGUAGUCAUGGCCAGGCGAACUGUAGAGGUUCUGGAUACUACUUGAGGUCUUCCAUAUAAUAUCCACAGUCUGGUAGUUGUGAUUCAAAGCUAUUGAUUUGUUGCCAGUUUGGUGAUGCCUUUGUACUAUUCAAGAUUGAUCUCCAAGUGGUUCAUAAUGUGCAUAUGACAAGUGAUACUACUCGAUCGCAGAGAGUUAAGACUGCUUCACUCUUCUCAUGCUGCUAUAAGAUUCUGAAAAUCUGUCGUUGUAUCAUCUCAAUCUCUGAGGGGGGCUCAGACAUCAAAGGAAGUGUAUGUAUGUAAUGAAAGAAUGUGCAUAUGAGUAAAGUAUUGAGGGAUAUCUGUUACGAUGUGACUCAACUUAUUUUCAGCUUAUCUGGCUGAUAUGAUUCCACAUUUUAACUUUUAAUGUUGUUC